CAUGCUGAAAGGGGACCAUACCAUAUUUUAGCGCGCCUUCAGCACCGAGACACGUGCUCGACAGAAGCUCGUACACAAAAAAAUAUCCUUUCAGUUGACAGUGUAUGCAGUACAAACGAGUACUCAGAGUUUGAGGCAGGCUUGAUAACUCUGUUAUUCUGUUGAUAACUCGUGUGUACCACCCACAACAUAAUACUCAGACAGUACACAAUCCAUACCGUUUGAGACUGAGAGAUUCAUAUAACAGCAUAUACAGUCAUGGCAAGUGGAGAAAUUGCACUGUUGAGUGUGUCCAACAAAGCAGGCCUGGUGGACUUUGCCAAGCGAUUACAGGCCAUUGGCCUCCAGCUCGUGGCUUCAGGAGGUACCGCCAAGGCCAUCAAAGAUGCUGGCAUUCCAGUCAGUGAUGUUGCCUCGGUAACGGGAGCACCUGAGAUGUUGGGCGGACGAGUCAAGACCUUGCAUCCUGCUGUGCAUGCAGGUAUUUUGUCCCGGAAGAUUGAGCAGGACUUGGCAGAUAUGAACCAGCAAGGAUUCAAGUUUGUCAGGUUGGUGGCAUGUAACUUGUAUCCUUUUGAGUCUACCAUCGCUAAGCCAGAUGUGACAGUGCCAGCAGCUGUGGAGCAGAUUGAUAUCGGUGGUGUGACUUUACUGCGAGCUGCAGCCAAGAACCACUCUAGGGUCACGGUGGUGUGUGACCCCAGUGACUACAACAGCGUGUUAGCUGAGCUGGAAAGCAGUGAUGAGAAGGACACUAAACUGGAGACCAGACAGAAACUGGCUGUCAAGGCGUUCACCCACACCGCCCUGUACGACGAGGCCAUCUCUGACUUCUUCCGUCAGCAGUACUGCGGCAACGGCGUGUCUCAGCUUGGGCUGCGCUACGGCACCAACCCGCACCAGAAGCCUGCCCAGCUCUUCACCACCCGCACGGAGUUGCCCCUGAAGGUCCUGAACGGAUCGCCGGGCUUCAUCAACCUGUGUGAUGCCCUCAACGCCUGGCAGUUGGUCAUGGAGUUGCGCACCGCGCUGGGGAUGCCUGCUGCCUCAUCCUUCAAACAUGUCAGUCCUGCAGGCGCCGCAGUCGGUGUGGAGCUGAGUCCUGAACAAGCCAAGCUGUGUAUGGUAGCAGACCUGAUGCCCCUGACUCCAUUAGCAACGGCUUACGCUAGGGCCAGAGGUGCUGACCGCAUGUCAUCUUUUGGAGACUUUGUUGCUCUGUCCGACAUCUGUGAUGUCCCAACAGCUAAGAUUUUAGCCAAAGAGGUGUCUGAUGGCAUCAUUGCCCCUGGCUACGAGCCUGAGGCCCAAGAAAUUCUGGCCAAGAAGAAAGGUGGCAAAUACUGCAUCCUGACGAUGGAUCCUGAUUAUGAGCCUGAUGAUAAGGAGACACGUACCCUGUUUGGCCUCCAGCUCCAGCAGCUGCGUAAUAACGCCGUGGUGACCAAGGAACUCUUCAACAACGUGGUGACCAAUCAGAAGGAGUUGACAGCAGAGGGCCUGCGCGAUCUGAUCGUGGCCACCAUUGCCGUCAAGUACACCCAGUCUAACUCUGUGUGCUAUGCUCGUGAUGGUCAAGUCAUCGGAAGCGGGGCUGGCCAGCAGUCUCGCAUACAUUGCACGCGCCUUGCUGGGGAUAAGGCCAAUAACUGGUGGCUGCGACAACAUCCUAAAGUUCUUGGCUUGGUCUUCAAGGAAGGCGUCAAGAGAGCUGAGAUGUCCAACGUCAUUGACGUCUACGUGAAUGGCAAAGUUGGCCAGGACAUGGGGAAGGAAACCUGGGAGGGCUUCCUUCAGACUGUGCCUGAACAGCUUACGGAGGCAGAGCGUGGGGAGUGGAUGUCUAAGCUGAAGGGUGUAGCCCUGAGCUCCGAUGCCUUCUUUCCUUUCCGUGACAACAUUGAUCGUGCUUAUCAGAGUGGUGUGACAUACAUUGCUAGUCCCGCUGGUGCUGUUCAAGAUCAAGUCAUCAUCGAAGCAUGCAAUGACCACGGUAUCGCCUUGGCACACACCAAUGUACGACUGUUUCACCACUAAAGGAACCAGACAGUACCAUGGGCUGAUAUUGGCCCUGUUAUCCUGUGAAGCAGGAUCAAGUUACCAAUGCAAGAUGACCAUCAAGUAUUAAUAUGUAGGUCAUUAAAAUAUUACAGUCAAACAGUUCUCAAACCAUUUUCUGGCAAAUAUCAGUGCAUGGCGGAGGUCAGGUUGACAUUUAUGGCUGUGAAAUUAUAAAAAGUUAAUUUACUAGAACCAAUUAAGAAUUGUUACUGCUGUGAUGUGGUAUAUGACAUUUUGAAAACGGCCGGGAUUCGAACCAUGGCCACAUUGGUGAGAGGAGAGCGCUUAACGCACAAGCCACGCAUGCCACCCUAAAGGCAGAGGUAUAACAAUAGUUCAUGUGAAAUGCUGAAAAUAUUUAGAAAUUUUUGAACACGAACGAUGAAAAGAAAUUUCGUCUUUCUUUUGGUAACUGUUUUUCGUCGGUGUGACAUUUACUUGCUUGAAAACUGUUUGAGAACUUGGUUUUGCAGUAAGUUCAGUUGACACAAAUUACGUAAGUUUGUAGGCCUAACUGUAGUUAGAAUAUGUUCGUAACAAAUCAUUGAUAAGCUUAGAAAUUUAAAAGUUUGUUGUUCAACAAAAUAUGUCUGUUUUGUUAGUAUAAAAUAAAAGUGCUGUCUCAUGUGAGGAUAUUCUAUAAUGUAUUUUGAUAUUCGUAAAAUCCCAUGAUCACAAAAUUAUACAUCACAGGCUUUGAUUUAAUACCAACAUAUUGUCACAAAAGAAAAAGGUGAACUAAAACAUUAAACAACUGAAAUGUGUAAAGUUUGAAAUCAUGUAUGUGGAUCUGUCCUUGCCUGCAAUGGAAUUAACUUUCAAAAGUUGACAUUGCCAAUAUUUUGGCCACAAGUGGCGAGAUUUAUUAGGCAAACCGCUUCUAUUUUGUUCCUACGGUUGCAUAAAAUGCUGUGUAUAUUGAAAUCAUUCCAAAAGGUCUAUAUUUUGAGUUUAAGAUGUAACAACGGUGAAAUAUGAGUUGCUUUUUUCAGUCAAACUGAUACAUUUUUUAAUAUUUCUUGUCUGAAACUUAAAGUAAAAAAGUAUUGGAGUGUAUUUCCAAGGAAAGAUUUUAUUUUGUAUUCGCUAUUCAAUUGCCAGUGGGCAGAUUUUAAAAGGGAGAAGGCCAGUAAGUUCUUUGGAUUUUGCCUUUUUGAGGAGCAUUUAUUCCCCUCACUGUUGUAUUCUGUAUAAAAAAAAAAGCAUUAACAGUCUUUACUAUGGUAUUUGUGGAAAAUUGGUUCCUUUCCAUUUUUGUUUUGUUUGAAAUGUUACAUUGCUGAUGCCAUUGUCCUUGUAAACACUACAAGGCAAGUUUAGUAAUGUUGGUCCCAGCUUGCACACCAUUCUAUUCUCUUGAAAGUCUUGCCAUGCAGCUGGUCUACACAAUGGGCACCUCCAUUCGUUGGAUGAUUCACGGUAUGACCCAAGUACAUUAUUUGUCAUGAAUAUUUAAAAUUGUUUUUGAAAACUGUUUAUAGAUCUUUUCUCACCACUACUUAAGUUCUCUGAAUAUCAUUCCAUGUGUGUAAUUACAAAUGUUACAUUUAAUCAAAGAAAUGUUCAAACUAACAAGUAGCUAAGUACUGAUAUAUUACUUGUGUUAAAAUAGGAAAUAUAAAGUAAAUUGAAAAGAAAGAUGAAAACAUAUCAACAUGUUAGAUUAUAAAUGAUAUUCACGUCGUAUUGUGGAAAGUAUAGACCUUUUGCAAUAGGUGGAAUCAGAGGGCACUUGUUUCGCAUUGCUAGGACAGGCAUGAGUAUACCUGUGUAUUCAUUGUACUUGUAGCUGAGGUUGAAUUACAAAAACGCAGGCCCUCUGUAUUUGCAAUGCAUAAGGUCUAUAGAGGCCAAGUGUAGCAAGUUGCUUUUGUGAAGUUAAUUUCAAACGUGGGUGCAUCACACAUGUAACUUAAGUUCAUUGAUUUAUUUGUGUUGAAAUAUACUUUUUAGAUCUGGAAAAAA